AUGGCCGAUUCUCCCGUGGAUGUCCUUCUUAAGGGCAGCUCCGGCAGAAGUGCACGCGGCCUGCUGCGUAUUAUCAUUCUGGUAACUAUUGCUGCCGCAGCCGUGUCCAGUCGACUUUUCAGUGUCAUCCGUUUUGAGAGUAUCAUCCACGAAUUCGAUCCGUGGUUCAACUUCCGAGCGACGAAAUAUCUCGUUGAGAAUGGCUUUUACGAUUUUUGGGAUUGGUUUGAUGACCGUACAUGGCAUCCUCUUGGGCGGGUCACCGGAGGUACACUGUACCCCGGGCUCAUGGUGACCAGUGGCGUCAUCUAUCACGUUCUCCGAUUCCUUACCAUACCCGUCGACAUUCGCAACAUUUGUGUCUUACUGGCACCCGCUUUCUCUGGGUUGACAGCAUUCGCCAUGUACCUCUUGACCAACGAGAUGUCUUCAUCCCCCUCCGCAGGUCUUCUUGCAGCUGCUUUCAUGGGCAUCACCCCUGGAUAUAUCUCUCGUUCAGUGGCAGGUAGUUACGAUAACGAGGCGAUUGCCAUUUUCCUCCUCGUUUUCACCUUCUUCUUGUGGAUCAAGGCACUUAAGAUCGGUUCUAUCAUGUGGGGAGCCUUGACUGCUCUAUUCUACGGCUACAUGGUGUCCGCCUGGGGCGGGUACGUCUUCAUUACUAACUUGAUCCCACUGCAUGUCUUUGUUCUUCUUUGCAUGGGGAGAUAUAGUUCCAGACUUUAUAUCAGCUACACCACGUGGUAUGCUCUCGGAACCCUAGCCAGUAUGCAGAUUCCUUUCGUUGGAUUCCUGCCAAUCCGUAACAGUGACCACAUGUCUGCCCUCGGUGUCUUCGGUCUCGUUCAACUAGUGGCUUUUGCGGAGUUUGUGCGCGGGUUUAUUCCUGGCAAACAAUUCCAGAGGCUUCUAACUGCUUCGAUUAUUCUGACAACUGGUGUCGCCUUCGCUGGUCUUAUUAUCUUGAGCAUGUCCGGGAUUAUUGCACCAUGGAGUGGUCGUUUCUACUCGCUAUGGGAUACCGGCUAUGCUAAGAUCCACAUUCCAAUUAUUGCUUCAGUUUCAGAGCAUCAGCCCACCGCUUGGCCAUCGUUCUUUUUCGACCUCAACUUGCUCAUCUGGCUCUUCCCUGCAGGUGUUUACAUUUGUUUCCGGGAUCUCAAGGAUGAGCACGUGUUUGUUAUUAUCUACUCCGUCCUUGCGAGCUAUUUCGCCGGUGUCAUGGUCCGACUGAUGUUGACCUUAACCCCCAUUGUGUGUGUUGCGGCCGCCUUGGUCCUCUCAUACAUUCUCGACACGUACUUGAAGACUUCAUCUGGCCCGGUUACGCGGGGAAGGGAGAGCGAGGGUUCUUCCUCGGAAGGACUCCGCUCUGCUAGGUCCCCUGAAGUUGGCAUCAGCUCUUAUUUCUCGAAAGCUGUGACAACAUCCGCUGCCAUUGUAUAUCUUCUCUUGUUCGUUGCGCAUUGUACAUGGGUGACGUCGAACGCAUAUUCAUCGCCAUCUGUGGUUCUCGCUAGCCGGAUGCCAGACGGAAGUCAAUUUAUAAUCGAUGAUUAUCGAGAAGCAUACUACUGGCUUCGUCAAAACACACCAGCGAACUCCAAAAUCAUGUCUUGGUGGGAUUACGGCUAUCAGAUUGGGGGCAUGGCAGAUCGCCCAACGCUUGUGGACAACAACACGUGGAACAACACCCACAUUGCCACUGUUGGAAAGGCCAUGAGCUCGCGCGAAGAAGUCAGUUACCCAAUCCUUCGCCAGCAUGAUGUUGACUACGUGCUCGUUGUUUUUGGUGGGUUGCUUGGGUACUCUGGAGAUGAUAUCAACAAAUUCCUUUGGAUGGUCCGUAUUGCGGAAGGUAUCUGGCCGGACGAGGUUAAGGAGCGGAAUUUCUUCACUCAAAGGGGGGAGUACCGCGUGGAUGAUCUUGCCACCCCGGCUAUGCGCAACAGUUUGAUGUACAAAAUGUCGUACUACAACUUCAACAAGCUGUUCCCUAUGGGCCAGGCUACUGACCGUGUUCGCGGGGCCAAACUCCCCGCCGAAAGCCCUCAGCUGUCGACUUUGGAAGAAGCCUUCACCAGUGAAAACUGGAUUAUCCGUAUCUUUAAGGUCAAGGACCUUGACAACUUGGGCCGAGACCACAGCAACGCCGUCGCCUUUGACCGGGGAAAUAAGCGCAAGAAGGCGACUAAGAAGAAGGGACCUCGUGUUUUGAGGUCUGAGUAA